AUGGAGGAAUCAGGACCAGAGCCCGCAAGACAAGUGGUCUACUGUGGAGGUGAGGACCCGUGGCGCAGAACCUUGAGGAGAAUAGUGCUGACGGAAUGUAUUCCGAUAGUUUGCACAUUACCCCCAGAGUACUGUGAAUUUGGAGGCACUGCUAAGAAGUGUGAAGAAUGGCUCAAGGAUAACGAGUCGGACCUAUGGGAUAAGCUAUACUCCGAAGAUGCUUUGAACGCCAACCUCUCUACCCUGUCUGUCUCGGCGCAAGAACGUGCCGCCAAGGAUGCCGCCAAGAAGGAAGCAAAAGCUGCUGCAAACGAGGCGCGAGAUAGCGAGCGCAAGGCUGCCUCCAAGGUUAUCAUUAAGCGGGUGGAACGGAACAAGCGCAAAUAUGUGACUGUGGUCAUCGGUCUGGAGGUCUUUGGUCUAGAGAACAAGAAGAUUGCAAAGGAUCUGGGCAAGAAGUUUGCCACUGGGUCCUCGGUGACCCGGUCGCCAGCAGGCAUUGAGGAGAUUACCGUUCAGGGUGAUGUCAGUGACGACCUUUCCGACUGGCUACUCGAGGUGCACGGAAACAAGAUUCCCGAGGCGAACAUCGAGUUCGUCGAGGACAAGAAGAAGAAGAAGAGCGAAGCGGCCCUGCCGUAA